AAAUGAAACAAAAAAAACCCCAAAAAGGUGUGUGAACAGAAAGAGAAUGAAAAAGCUGUGUAAGGAGCGAUGUGAAUUAAUGAGAAAUUAGAGGGAAAGAUAGAUAGAGAGAGAGAGAGAGAGAGAAUAUGGAAAUGAGAGUGAGGAAGAGUGGUGACAAUGUGAGAAAGACAGAGUAAGAGACAUUCGUAUCAACAUAUUUGCAACGUUGAAGUUCUAUGUUACGGACGUCGUCAAGUGCGAGAUACCAUGGAAAGUAUACCAGUCGAUGAACCUUUAUUUACCAAAGUGGCAUCAGAUGUUCUUGGUUCAGAAGGCCCUGUCUUUGAUAAAUCAGGUUGUUUUUACGUUGUGGCUCCCGAAGUGGAAAAAAACGAUAAACCUGCCGGCCAGAUAUUGUGUGUGAAUUUGAAAACAAAUAAAAAUGCCAUUCUGUGUGAACCUGAAAUCAACGGUUAUGGUGGAAUCCCUGCUGGGUGUCAGUUUGAUCGCCUUGAUAACCUCUUUGUGGCCGACAUGAGACUUGGUUUGCUUCAGGUGAAACUCAAUGGAACAUAUAAACAGGUUGCAACAAUUGAUUCGACCGGUCAAUGUAUGCAAGGCUGCAAUGACUGUGCCUUUGAUUAUCAAGGAAAUCUUUGGAUUACAGCUCCAGCAGGAGAUAUUGCACCAGCACCAUACAGGCGAUCAACGGAGGAACCAUUUGGCAGUGUCUACUGCUACACAGAUGGAGAAAUGAUUAAAAUUGACACAGGUCUAAAGUUUCCCAAUGGAAUUGCAGUCUUACAUCUGAACGAUGGACGACCUCAGAAGUUGAUUGUAGCAGAAACUCCGACGAAACUUCUCUGGAGUUAUGACAUUGAAGCUCCAGGAUGUGUUUCAAAUAAGAAAGUCUGGGCUACUAUACCAGGUGAUCACGAGGGUGGUGCAGACGGCAUGGACUUUGAUGACGACAACAACCUGCUUGUAGCCAACUGGGGCAGUGGUCACAUAGAAGUAUUCAACUCAAAAGGUGGAAAUCCUAUCCAAAGAAUCAAAUGUCCUUUUGUAAAACCAAGCAACAUUCAUUUCGAGCCACGUUCCAAAACUUUGUAUGUCACAGAACAUGAAAACAAUGCUGUUUGGAAAUUUGACUGGCAUCGAAAUGGUAAAAUGCAAUACUGUGAAAUGAACAAUUUCUAAACUACAAAAAAGAAAAAAAGUUAAAAAAAAAAAAGGUUCUUUUACAUUCCUUAUAAGAAUUAUUUACAAAUUUCAAGACAACGAUGCAGCUGGGAGUUUCAUCUCAGAUUUAACUGUGUCAAUAUUGAGUUUCGUUAUUCGUUUUCCCCAACAACCUUUCUUUAUAUUGAUACUUUAGGUACAUUUUUAUGAUGAACGUGUAUAUGCAUACAAAAGUGUGUUGGUGUGCAGCAAUAAAAUAAAAAAAACUUGUUAAAAAAAUUAAGUGCAAUAAAUAAGCUAAAUUUGAGGUUUGCACUACACAGAGAUAGAAGUACAAGUCAUAUGAUCGGGCUUUUUUUUUUUUUUUAAAUAAAUUUUGUGCCUAUACCUGUUAUUUAGUCCCAGGUGAGCCCAAACUGGGUAGAUCUAUGAUCAAAUACAUUCUAUCCCUUGACCACAUUAAUAAUGUGUCCUUCCUUUUUUAAGAUUGUACAGUGUGAUUUGAAACUUUUUGUGAACUAUUUUUAGCAGGUCAAGUCACCAUAUGCAGGCUCCCCUCAUUGGUUUGGUAUCUAUAACUAUCUCGGUUCUAUAAGCUUGGGAAUCCACUAGAAUAUCUAUGAAGCAGUGUAACAGGUUUGGAUCCCACAAGCAAAUUUCAUUCCCAUCCUUAGGUUGUAUCUCUUUCUUACAAUGCCAUCAUCAUCAUCGUUUAGCGUCCACUUUCCAUGCUAGCAUGGGUUGGACGAUUUGACUGGGGACUGGUGAACCAGAUGGCUUCACCAGGCUCCAAUCUGAUCUGGCAGAGUUUAAUGCUACAAUCUUGAAAUUAAUUUCAAAGUUAAAUACUAAUUGCUGCCAGUUUAUUUUUUUGUCUUUUCUAAUUAAAAUAGUUUAACAACGCUAUUUCUAAAUCCAGUGUUCAUUAAUUAAUUGCUAAUGUUUUCGUUUUAAAAAAUUUUAUCAAUGGAAAAGACAUUAAUUCUCAGACUCAGAAUUUCUAAAAUUUAGAAAUAAACAUCCUGUCAAGUAUUGAAUAUAAAAUACAAUUGGAAUUGAACCCAUCUCCCUAGUAUAACUUUACCUUUCCGAUGUAAUAUAUAAACAUCAGAUCAGUUGUUUAAUCUAGAAGAGAAGAAUCUUUGCUAUCAUUAAAGGUAAAAAUAACUUUCUUCUACAAAAGUGACAGAAAAGAUGGGAAAAUCUGAUAAAAAAAAAAUUUUUAAUAUUGAACUGAGGUUCCUGACAAUGUCUAGUUUGGUGCUUCCUGUUUCUACUUCCAAAUUAUUUCAGAGUUAGGAAAAAAUAAAUACCAGUAAUAUACUGAAGUUGUAUUAAUCAUUGCAGUAAAGUGUACGAUGGCAAAACAGUAAAGUGCUAGUCUUGUUUAGUUUGAGCUGUUCUGGUCAAGUCCAGGUUUUGAAUGAAAAUAUUUCUGGAAAUGAUUUUGCGUCUGAUAUCCCUGGAGUUUGUAAAAUUCAAAUGAAAGAAAUAUGCCCUUCUGUGUACUUAGGUUUGUCAUGGGCCCCAGGACUCGUGAGGCUAGCGCUUAAUCCAGUUUCCAUAUCAUGUAACUGACAUUGCAACAUUCCCAAAGAAUGAGAUGAGAUGCUGGUCGGUCACAGGGUAAACUUCCCGGCUAUUGUUGGAAUUCACUUACAGCUGAAUGAAACUGGAACUGGAGCAACAUGAAAUAAAAUGUUUUGUUCAAGAACACAACACACGGUCCAGUCCGGGGAAUUGAAACCACGAUCUUAUGAUCAUGUGUGCAAACCCUGCCACCACACACCACUGAGCCACAUAGCUUCACAGUAUAAAAAAAAAACUGGCCUCACACCAAGUCAAAAGAAAUUAUUGUACAGUGCUGUGCAGUAUGGAACAAGAGGAAAUUAAAUGUGCAGGUUCUUUCCCACUCUUGCUUAAAGGUAAUCCAAUUGCCUUCACAUUUAUUGUUAAUUCUUCAACAAAAAGAAAAGAAUGACUGUUACACACCAUAGCCGUUUCAUUGUUUUGUUUUUUAAUAGGAAAUUUUUUAUUCCUGUUAUUAUUAUUCUAAUGGAUAUUUUGUACUGUGAUUUUCAAAUGAAAUAUUUUUAAAGAAUGGAAAGUGAAUAAAAUUCUAAAACAAAACGUUAAA